CCUGAAACCUGAGACAGGGUCUGGUCUCGGGCACUGACAGCUGAGAUGGAAAAUGUGUCGUAUGUACCUUUGAAGCAGCCCAUCGUUUUCACAGUGGAAGGCUUCAUCAUAACCAGGCAGCAGGGGUACCCCCUGUUUGUAGCCUGUCUCAUCGUAUACGCCAUGAUGCUGCUGGGAAACAUCACCGUGGUUGCAGUGAUCGCCGUGGAUGCCAAACUCCACAAGCCCAUGUACAUGAUGAUGUGCAACCUGGCAGCAUGUGAUCUGCUCGGGGGCACGACGGUCAUGGCCCAGCUGAUGCCACACUUCUUAACAGGGGACAACACCAUAGGCUACGUGGCGGCAAUAGUCCAGGCCUUCUGUGUACACACAUACAGCUUGGCCGUCACCACCAUUCUGACGGCCAUGGCAUACGACCGCUAUGUGGCCAUCUGCCAGCCACUGCACUACCACACCAUCAUGACCACCACAAGGCUGGUUUCACUGUGUUUUGUCGCCUGGCUCAUUCCAAUUUUCCUGAUCAUGAUCAUCUUCAUUCUGAACGUGGGAACACCACUGUGUGGGACGUUAAUCAUGCAUGUCUACUGCAGUAAUCGCGCUAUUCUCAGUCUGGCAUGCGUCCCCACCCCCAUCAACGACAUAUACAGUAUGUGUACGGUUUAUUCCGUAAGUACGAGCAGCUUCUUAGUCAUUGCCUUAUCCUAUGUGAAGAUCCUCCACACGUGCCUCAUCAAAAAAGACAAAAACAGUCAGAGCAAGGCCAUACAGACGUGCACCUCCCAUCUCACCAUUUAUAUCAUCUUCGAGAUCUCUUUGCUCAUCAUUCCCAUGACCUACAGGCUGGAAGAAAUUAGCCCCAACGCCAAGAAGUUCUGCGCUCUUCUUACUUUCAUCAUGCCCCCCACAGUCAACCCAAUCAUCUAUGGUAUCUCCAUGAAAGAUAUUCGCACAAAUAUUGUGAAGCUUUUCAAAUACAAUGUCUUGCCGAAGUAGGGAAACCAGCAUGUACCUCCCAGUUAUCCAAAUAACAUUUUUAAUUUUUUUUUAGUAAAAAUUUUUUUUUUUUUUUAGGUUGAAAAAAUUAGGUAAAAUGUUAUAUUUUAAUCACAUCUAGUUCUAUGUAACUAAAACAUUUUCCUAGAGGAAAAACUUUCAGACUGACCUUUUUAGCUGUAAGUUGUGGUUCAGGGGCUGGCAAAAACAACUCUCAUUGUGCAAACUUUGCUACAACAUUGUUAUUCUCCACACCCUUCCACAAUUUUAUUCCAUCAUUGUAAAAAGUCAAAAUAAAGCUUUUUCCCAGCUGGGCAGAGGAUACUUGAGGUGAAGUUUACAAUGGUUUUUCUUUGCAGGGUUGAGGAUUAUCAUUUCUGGCACCAUUUGAAUCAUCUUCCAUCUUUUCCCCCACGCAUCUUUUGCUUUAUAAAAAGCACAUCUUGCUUCCAUUUAUUAAGCCUAAAACUAUUAAGAAGCACUUUACUUCUUAAAAUUAAGCACAAUUGCAAUCCAGCUUUUACUUCUGUAACAAUAAAAACCAUUCAACACUAUAGAUUACGUGUAAAACUGCAUCCAUAUACCUGCUCUAAUUGCCCAUUCAUGCUAUUGUUUCAGCGAUCUCGCUGUAUAUCAGAUAAACAGAUUUUAAGUUUGAGGACCAAAUGUAAGCAUUCUGUGUUUUUUGUUGUUGUUGUUUUUUAAAUCCUACAAAGUACCUAAUCAUGUAAAUUUAGCAGCUUCUGACAACAUUAAUGAAAAAUAUUUGAAAAUGGAACAACAAUGAACAUUUGAUUACAAUGUUAGCAGGGUGGUGGGUACAGCAACUUAAACUAUGAUGGAAAUAUCAUAACUGAAAUAAUAAAAUAUGAAUGUCCAAUAGGCAGUUAUGCAUCAUACAUGAAAAAUGCAUGUCCUGCUUCAAC